UCGAAGCUACACAGUGUUACAGUGUGAGCUUGUCGCAAAAUGGAAGUGCUCGGCCUGCUUGAUGUACCUAUCUGGUUGUUGCUAUCGACUGGUAUCUUGGUAGUAUACAUCAAUUUCAUGUCAUGGCACCAUGGGGUAUUCAAGAAGCUGGGGAUAGAUGGCCCCCCUCCGAGAAUGAUAGUCGGGAAUCUGAUGCCAAUCUUGAGGAAAGGUAUGCAUGGAGCUGACUUGUGCUGGACUCAGACUUAUGGAAAAGUUGUGGGGAUCUUCAUGACCCGGCUACCAAUGAUUCUCAUAUCAGAUGAUGACAUGUUGAAACAAAUAAUGGUGAAGGACUUCAACCAUUUCCCCAACAGACAGCCUCUUCCUAAGGCAAUGGUUGGCUCCCCGAUGGAUCAGUCUCUGGUUUUCUCUAAAGAUGACCAUUGGCGCUUCAUGCGGAACUUCAUGACACCAACGUUUAGUGCAGGCAAGCUGAAGCGGAUGAUGCCAGUGUUCAACAAGAUGAGUGACAGGCUUGUGGACUUGUUGAAAGAUCGGGCAGAGAACAAGGAGGAGGUUGAGAUAAAGAGGUUCCUGGAGAAGUACACUAUGGACGUGAUAGCUGGGACUGCUUUCGGCAUGGAGGUCAAUGCUCUCGAGAACGAAGACGACCCUUUUGUCAAGAACGCCAAGACCAUCCUGUCUAAUGGCCUGAACUCAGCUUAUAUUGUAUUUAUCACCUUCUUCCCCUUCCUCAUUCCACUGACCUCGAUGCUUGGCUACCAUUUGUUCCCUGAGUCCAAUAUGAACUUCUUUGUCAAGGUGACCAACAAGAUUCUUGAAGACAGGAAGACUGAUCCAUCGAGCAGCAAAUACUCCGACUUCAUCCAGCUGAUGGUGAAUGCAGAGGAGGAGAAGCGCCAGACUAUGCAACAGAAUGGUGGAGACACUACUGGCAGCAAUGGCCAACCCGCAGGUAUGACCAGGGAUGAAAUUUGUGCGAAUGCGCUGCUGUUCUUCAUCGCUGGCUACGACACAACAGCAUCCACCAUGUCCUUCUGCGUGUACAACAUCGCCACCCACCCCGAGGUGCAGGAUCGGCUGGUAGCUGAGAUAAAGACUGUGUUGAGGGACCAAGAGCCAGAUUAUGACAAUAUUCAGAAACUGGAGUACCUGGAAAUGUGUUUGUUAGAGACACUCAGACUUCAUCCAGCAUCUGUCAGGGUGGAUCGAAUGUGUACCAAGGACAUGGAGAUCAAUGGCGUGAAAAUCCCCAAGGGCAUGACCGUAGGGAUUCCCAUCUACGCCAUCCACCAUGACAGUGACCGGUGGGAGAACCCGGAGGAGUACGACCCAGAGAGAUUCAGUGCUGAGAACCGGAGUAUGCAUGGCCCAUUUGACUUCCUCCCGUUUGGAAAUGGACCCAGGAACUGCAUUGGAAUGAGGCUUGCUUUAGUGGAGGCAAAGAUAACACUUAUCAAGCUUUUCAAGAACUUCAAAUUUUCAACAUGCUCAAAAACACAGAUCCCUCUGAAGUUCAUGCCAGCUGCUCUUCUGCGACCUACACAUGGUCUCUGGAUCAGCAUUGAGAAGAGGUAGAGUACUGUCUUGUAUGUAUGUACUGACAGACUCGGGCCCAGACACCAGCUUUUGUACUUCAUGUAUUAACAUAACCUUUACUUUGUUGUUGAUGAUGUGAAUUGUCACAGUCAUAUCUCACUUAAUUGCCACCUUUUUGGUAUUUGGAUUCUAAUGUGACUUAAAACAGCUUUAAUCUUUCAAUGGCAGUUCAUAAAUGGUGAUAAAAAUAUUUAUCAAAUGAGUAAAUAUAUAUAUUUUUUCAUGUUUAUUUUUGUUAUUUAGCAAAACAUCCAUCAAACUGUUUGGUGUUUUUCCAAAGCUUUUGAAACUGUGUGACAUCUCUGAAAAAUGUUAUUAUCAAACAUGUAUUCCAAGAACCAAUAUAUCUCUGUACACCUUUUGUUUUCCACUGACCACAUGAAUAGAUCCUCUGUAUGUUGUUUGUUUUGUGAUGUUAACUAUAGAAUGUUUUAGUGUAUAACACACUGGUAGUUUUCCUGUAUUUAACCUUGAAUGUUAAUGAUGACAUUCUACUUUAUCUUACCUCACACUUAAAUGUCGCUUUCUGAUUGGCUGAGCGUGCUUCUAAUAUUUUCAAUGUACUCCGCUUACAAGCGAGUAACA